ACCUUUCCUUUACUUCACGACACGCGCGCGCACGCACACGGUCUUGAUUUUAACCCUGCGCGCGCGCGUGGCUGACAGAAUCCUCAGCUGAUCCUCACGCGAGUCGAGCAGCUCUGACUCUGACUCCGGCUCAUGGCAACAUGGCGACAGAGCUCCAAAACCUUCAGGAUCUGAGGCAUACUGCCUCACUAGCCACCAAGGUGUUCAUUCAGAGAGACUACAGCGAGGGCACUAUCUGCAAGUUCCACACCAAACCUCCAGCAGAACUCAGCAACAGGUUUUUGCAGAUCGAGCGGACCCUGUUUGAGGACACAGUGAAGACGCUCAAUAACUACUACGCAGAGGCCGAGAAAAUCAGCGGUCAGUCUUACCUGGAGGGCUGCUUGGCCUGUGUGUCAGCUUACAUUAUAUUCCUCUGCAUGGAGACACGAUAUGAGAAGGUCUUAAAGAAGAUCUCCAUGUAUAUUCAGGAGCAGAAUGAGAACAUCUAUGCACCCCGAGGACUUCUUAUCACUGACCCUAUUGAGAGGGGCAUGAGAGUGAUAGAAAUCUCUGUCUUUGAGGAUCGCAGCUCCACCGGCUCCAGUUCAAGUGGCAGCUCAGUGUCUGGCAGCAGUGCUCGGUGACUGGAGGAGCAGCACCAGGGUUACGGGUACCGAGGGGCCAAAGGGAUCACCAAGAUUCACAUGUUGAAACAUGAGAGCACCAGAUUCUGAAUUAACAGAAUGUCAAAGCCACUUAUUUCUCCUCAUCUCUCUUUGCUGUUACAUAGUAAUUCACACAGUAUGCACACAAAUCCUCACUCACUCGCAUGCUUACAUUGUCUUCUGUGUUUCCAUUAGCAACACUCAUGAUAUCUGAGCUCCAUACACCAUGUCCCACAAAUGCCGAAAUAGAGAGCAGGAGUCUACAUAUAAAAUAUUUACUACUUAAAAUAUUUCUUUAAGUAAAGCACCUAUAUUGCUGUCAGUUGGACAUGUUAUGCAUUUGGCAUCUGGAUUGAGUGCUGGAUGAUUGCCAAGCUCUCCUCAUUCUUCUGUCUGGUCUUCUUUGAGAAGCACUGCCACAGUUCACUGCCAUUACUGAUCCUGUGCAGUGCUUGAGGCUUCUGUUCAUUUGGCCAACUCUGCCAUUCACCUGUGGCUCAGUGGUUUGCUGUUCUGUAGUGUGGGCAGUGAGCCCAGGUGGAUCAAGUUCUCUCAGCGUCUCAGCUCAUUGGGUAUGCAAGCGAGCUUUAGCCCAUCGAGGACUUUUUGUCUCCAUAAGAUGAAAGAACUCGUAAUUUUGGCUUGUCCGCUGAGCUGAGGUUGAUGAAUGUGUGUGUGUGUGUGUGUGUGUGUGUGUGUGUGUGUGUGUGUGUGUGUGUGUGUGUGUGUGUGUGUGUGUGUGUGUGUGUGUGUGUGCGUGUGUGUAUGUUUGGACAUCAGAUAAGCUGUAUUUAGCUGAUAAAAUUCAGAGGAAGCUGAAUCAGCAGCUGCUUAAAAUGAAUUCCCUAACAGAACAGCUGCCUCAUGUGUAAGGUUUCAGUCUUGGUCUGUUUUGUACCAAUGAUGGCUCCAAGCUGAAACUUGCAUAGCAUCUUAUGUAUGUCUUUAUGCAUACUCAGCAGCUUAAUCUUGAAAACAAUCAUAAAGAUAUUGUGAUUUACACAUACUUACUUCCUGCAUAAAACAAUGAAAUACAUCAGAGUCAAAAUGGGUUAAGAUUUGAUAGGCAUUUGAUAUUUAUAGGUAUUGGGAUCUGGAACACAAUCGAAAAUGUUUGCCAGACAUUGCACAAGGGUUUUGUCAUAUGAACAGCAGUUGUUUAGUCGGAUCAUAUUUAAAAGAGAAGUUGAUAAGGCAAAUGUAACAGAACUUUGCAUCAGAGAUGUUCUCCAUCGACUGUUGAGCAUUCUAUUCAAAUUCUUUAUUUGGUUAUAUAGCUUGCCCAAAAAUAUUGUAAUUAGAUCCAUUCAGAAUAUGAAUUCCUAAAUGAAUGGCAUGUAACUUAAUUUUCAUUCAUUCAUUCAUUCAUUCAUUCAUUCAUUCAUUCAUUCAUUCACUUUUUCAUCUUUUGUAAACACUUUAUCCUACUCAGUGUUGCAGUGAAUCCAGAGUCCUUAUUUACACACUUAUUUGUACCAAAGGCAAUUUAGCAUAACAAUCUUUAGUUUACUGAAGACCUAUAGUAUGUUCCACAUCAAUACUGGAACAAUACCCUGCAGGUAAACAUUUUAAAUAACAAAAGCUACAUAGAAAGAAUUACAUCUGUAAGACAUGACAAUCAGUAUCUUUGGUACGUCUUGGCCUGGAUGUCUUAUAUUCAAUGAUGUACAACUGAAAAGUUGUGCCAGGAGAUCCUAAGAAGAACAGCUGAAUAUGUAAUCUAAAGGCUAGGACAAGGAAAACGGCAACAACAGUGAGUAUAGGGUGACUAUAUGAGUACAUUUUAAUUGUAAUUACCUAUGAUUUAAUCAAAUAGUACAAAAGCCAUGGCCUUGAAGUUAAUGCUUAUAAAAAAUUUUUUGGUAGUCACAUACAGUAUAUCCUGCAUUAAAUUUCUUUGUUGGUUAAACCAUGUCUUUAUUGAAGAUGAUGAAAGCACUGUAACUAUACUGUUUACAAAUGGUGUCAAAAUGGAUAACAUUUGCAUCUCAGAGCUCAGACUGUGUUGAGUGUCUAUGUAGAGUUUUUGUGCAUGUUGUCCCUAUCGGAUUUCCUCCAGGUUCUAGAGUUUAUUCCCCCUUCCCAGUUAACUAUUAGUUUAUUUUGUUUGUGCUAAAUUUCACUUAGGUACUAAUUAAUAUGUUGUAUGUGUGCAAUGACUUGCAAAUGUCUGACCUUCCAGCAGGUAUUCCUGCCUUACACCCAGAGUUCCCAUUUUAGGCUCCAGAUCCACCAGCACCCUGACCAGUAAAACUUGUUUACUGGAGGUGAAUUUUAUGAAUGAAUGAACAUUCAGGCUCAGCCUCUUGUUGGGAAAUGUAAUUCUCUCUCUUUUGCUCCAAAUGUAGCAUUAUCUGCCAGGAACAAGUUCAUAACGUUGUGAAAUAUACACAUGCAUUAUACAUAAUUGAGCUGCACAUAAAGCCACCUUGAUACAGAUGUACAAGAAAAAUCAUGAUAUCAUGUUUACCUCAGGACAUUAAGUACAUGUUUCUUCACAUAUCACAUUUCUGGUGUUCAUUUCUUUAUUGCCUUUAUUUCUCACCUGUAUACCCUAAAGCCCAGUUUGUAUUCCUUACCUAUUGUUACUGGCUUUUGAUCUUUUUUAAACCAAGACUUCAUGGCAAGCCAGUGCUCAUCUUAAAGCUUGCCAUUGGAUGUCUAGUGCUCUAGUGUGCACCUUUCUGUGCUUGCUGCUUUCAUGUUUCAUCACUAUGGAGACACCCAACCUGGUGCUGAGCAACUGGUAGCCAGCAAGCUGGCUGUAAAUACAUGACUUGCACUAUAUACGCAUGAGAAACCUUCUGUUGGGCUAGUAGACAUUUCAGUAGCCAAGUGAAAACUGUUUUGUCCUAUAGUUGAGAAAGGGUCUUCCCUGUGCUUGUUCUAGAGAAGCUAAUUAUGUGUUUACAUGUGUAAAGUGAGAGUAUAAUCACAGGUGUGUGUAUAUACAGUACCCUCCUCAAUUAUUGGUAUAUUUCACAAAAUAAAGUUUCAAACAUGAAUUACUGUUUUAUACACAACUUUUGUUUUACCAAAAAAAUCUAAUUUAAACAACUUAAAAUCACAAAAAAAUAUUUUUGUGUCAGAAUUAUCGACACCCUUAAGAAAUUUAAAAACAUUUCAGUCUCUUAUUUUUCUUUUGCAGUCCAAAUUAACUCUAUAACUGCUUUUAUAUAUAGUCUAAUAUAUAAUUGACAAUUAAAUGUAGUGGACAAAGAUCUUUCUAGGAUCUUCUGUCUUAUUAGAUAUAAGUGACUCAGUUAUUCUCCCAAAGGCAUACAACAUUUUAAAAAAUACAAACUGUACAGGUGCUAAUUUUAAGAGAGAAAAAAUUGCACUAAUUAAAAAUGUUCAGUAAUUAGAAAAAUUAACCUGAACACAAAAUAUCAAAUUUCACUUUAUAAUUUAAACUGUGGGUGUCGGUAUGAUAUACAGUAAUGGAGCGCAUUGUAUUUUUGCAUGUUUACUUAUUAAGGAUUUAAUUUGUAAAGUUUACUUGCUCUCUCUCUAUAUAAUAGUUUUCCGAUUUCUGAAGUAGCAAAAUGUUGUUCUUUUCUGGGGUUUUUUUUAUUGUAAAAUGAGUCACAAAAACUUUAUAUCUGAUUGAAAUGCUAAAUUAUUUUGAUUUCCAAAAUACAGAGUGAAUGUCUGAAAAAUGACUGACAUUUGUCUUUUAUUGAAAAAUGUCAUAAGGUAUCGUGUUCAAUUCACGCCACUGCCAGGCUGUUUCCCUUGGGCCAUUGAAAAAAGCCCUUAACUCUCUACUGCUCAGUUGUAUAAAUGAGAUCUAUGUAAGUCACUCUGGAUAAGGUUGUCUGCUAAAUGCUAUAAAUGUAAAUGUACUGUAUAUAGGACUAAACCUGAAACAGAGUUAAGACGAAAGCUGCAUCCCAAAUGGCAUACCUCACUAUGUACACUUUUACUACAGUAUGUACUGUGUAUCAAAGAAUAGUAUUCAAAAACUAAUUAUAAGCUGUUUCCCAGUCAAUGGCAAAUGAUGUAAAACCUAUAUAAUGCAGAAUAUGGUGAAUAUUUAUUACAUCUUGAAUUUUUUUUUCACAUCUAGAGUGAAGUGCUCUCAUCUAGCAUGAACAUGAAGUGUCCAGCAUUCCAUGCUACACUUCCACAAUACCUUCAUCAUCUGGGUAUUUAAGUGCACUUUUUCUUGUUGAGAUUUUUAGAGUGGUCAGACUACUCACAAUAUUUGGACAAAAUAGAGAGUAGAAUAAUGCAUUAGAGAAUAAAGUAUUAGAUUUGGUAUGCACCUCAAGUCUUAAGGUGGCCAAGGGCCAAGACCAAAAAACUGAGAACAAGAAAGUGAGAGUCAAGAUCAGCAUUGAAAAUCGUCAGUUCCUUUUUGGCUGGUUGGCUUAAUUCAUGCACAGUGUAAAUGAUUAAGCUAUAUUUCCUAGAAUUUCCUAAGGAAUUACUUCUUGGUAAACUUUGUGCAUACUGAAAGAAAAGACAUAAAAAUUAUUUACAGAAACUUAUAAUCAAGACUAAGUCCAUAUUUAUUGAGACCAGUGGCCAAGACAGAGACAAGUCCAAGUACAAAUGGCAAUAAUUCCAAGUCUAAGUCAAUACAGAAAAUGUUUUGAGACCAGAUUUGAGUCCAAGACCAGAAUGCUUAUGUCUUAUGAGUAGUACUUUAGGACUCGAGCUGAGUCUUGGAUUUAAGUCCUUCAGUAUUAUUCAUAAAAACAUAAGCAUAUUUUUCUUAAACCUUGAGAAACCUGAUUGUUGAUACUAUAUAUGAUUCAGUGUAGAUUAUGAUCCUGUCUAGAAUAAGAACAGAAAGCAUCUUAUAGAGAAAAACCAAACUGAAUUUUACUCAAAUUGUUCUGUUCGUAAUGACGGACACUUUCACACUAUAGACAAGAGGUCUCGAGGUAGAAUCGAACCAACCCCAAAAUGAAACGUGUCUCUUCUCCCUGGCAUUAAGCACAGUUAUCGGGGAGGGAGGAAGUGAUGUAUUUCCUUUUCAGAGGAAAUUAUAUUGUCCUUGGUCUGACAGUUAUGUAUGCUAUGCCAGGGCUUGAAGGUUAUUUCUAUAAUUUUGGCAUUAGUAGCUGCUAUUUGUUCUGAAAAAUGACGACAUUUUAGCUGUUUUUAGUCCAGAACACUGACUCAGAGGAUGUUCACCUGGCUCUAGUGUAAUUAGAGGAAAAUUUCAAAUGCAUUUGCAAUGGCAAGAAGAACUAAAGUGAUUUGACAUUACCAUGGAGAUUAAAUCUUUGGGGUGACUUACUCUAAAUAGUUAUGACAGGGAGUUGUGCUGUCCUUGAUGUUCCGAAUGAAAGAAAGUGAAAAAUACAAAGCAACUCAUCAGUCAGAGCCCUCUCAUAAGCUUUAUAGAGAUAAGCCUCAUGUGACCCUAAAGAAACACAUUUGGGUUUUCUAAUAGGAACAACACACCUGUAGCAAAAGGUCACAACUGGAUCUUAGGACAUCUAACAAGAGCUUCCAGUGUUUUUACUGCUCCGUUACACAACAGUGGCUCUGUUUCUAUGAGAAAAGGCUCUCUUUUAUACAUGAUCGAGACUAUUCCUCUCUCCCAUGUCCAAAUACACAUCAGACUUGGUAAAUUCAUACAGUAGAUACAACCUAAGCCUCUGAAAUGUUUGGCACCUUUAAUGAAAAUGUGUAAAUAUUAGUACAUAAAAGAAUAUCCCAUUUUUUAAUUUUAAUUGCAAAUUU